AUGUACUUACCGAACCUUUUUCGACCUUGCGAACUUAGUGCUGCGAUAAAACAGCUCAAGAAGUCCCCUGGCGAAGACGGUAUUCAUCCAGAAUUUCAAUUUAGAAUGGGACCGGAAGACGGCACUCAUCCAGAAUUUCUAAUUAGAAUGGGAUGAUACGGAAAUGCUCUAUCAAAAUCCAAUCUUUUGCCUUGGAAAUGCUCUAUCAAAAUCCAAUCUUUUACAAACAGCUUAAAUGCUCUAUCAAAAUCCAAUCCUUUACAAACAGGCCUUUCACAGGGUCCACAGGAAGCUGUCACAACCUGCACUCUUUUCAAUGUCCUCAUCAAUGACAUAGCCGAAUUGGUACAGACAGUCACGAGCAUGCAAUGA